UGUACUGCCGCAUACAAAUAAAAGUAUUAGGCUUUGUUACUAACACUGAAGAUUUCUUUUUUUUUCGCUGCUCAGACACAAUUAGCUAAACCAGAAGUGGAAGGUUCUAAGGAAUAGAGCUCAUUUUAUUGCACUGUGGUCUUCCUUCGGCAAGCUGACUGCUAACAAAGGUCACUAGGCAAUGAAGUCUGCACUGGUCCCAUGCCUGGUUCUGACCUUUAAGGCUUUCUCACUGGUCAGUGCUACGUCGUUGGACCAACAGGACACACGGAAUGAACGAUGCCAAGCAGACGGUUCGAGCAAACCACAGAACCCUCGUCCUCUCGGUAAUUACACCUACUGGGGUAUGACAACAGACGCUCACGAAUGCACAAAUGUGACUAGGAAAAUAAUCUACAGUAAGGACGGAAGUAUUGUGGAUGCCGCCAUUGCGACCCUGCUGUGCAUGGGUGUCGCCUUACCGCACCGCAUGGGACUUGGCGGAGGCUUCAUAGCCACCGUAUACAAUCAGUCAUCACAAGAAGCGCAAGUCUUGAUCGCACGAGAAAGAGCCCCGCUCUGUGCUCAGGAGGACAUGUUCACUCGCAAUCCUAACGAAAGCCUCGUGGGCGGGAAAGCGGUGGCAGUCCCAGGAGAGCUGCGUGGCUACCAUGAGCUUCACAAACGCUAUGGCAAGUUAAAUUGGUCCGUCUUGUUCGAGGAUGCUAUUAAGUUGGCGACAUACGGAUUUCCUAUUGGAGAGGACCUCGCUAGUGCCCUGAAAGCGGCAGAUAAUAAAACGUUUGCUUUGGCAAACAAGACCAGCUGGCAAGCCUUCGUGAAUAACAACACGAAAAAGGUGUUGCAGAAAGGAGACAAAUUGAUUCAGUUGGACUUGGCCAAAACACUGGACGACAUCGCCAAAAACGGAGCUGACUACUUUAUAAUGGCUCCUUCGCUAAGGAACUCGUUCAAGAAGUCGCUGACAAUGGUAAGCGGCUAA